GGACCACAGCAUGGACAUGGACUGCUCCCUAGUGCAGAGCGAGGACCAGCUGGCCAGGAUCUUCUCCUCCGACAUUCCCUUCACGAGGUUCCGCAGAUUAGUUAUCAUGAACAACCGGAAUCUGAUGGCUCUGCGAAGCGGCGACUUAGGCGUGGCGUCUUUCGAGACAAUUUUCAUACAGGGCGGCAUCCUGGAAGAAGUGCUUGCCCAGACAUUAGCCAACAGCUUAUUCCUCCGCCACUCACAUCGAUCUCAAUGAUAACGAGUGUUAGACUUUCCCUUCCUAGAACUGCCGUUGUUUACGUCCCUUCGCUCCUUGAAGCUAAGUAUGAACUGGCUCUCCGAAUUUCCAACGCUGCAGUCAAGCGUCCUGCAACACAUUGAAUUAGAUAAAAACUCUUUUGAUAGAAUUCCAGCCGAUGGUUUCACAUUUCUGACGAAUGUUGAAACAAUAAGCUUGUCUAACAACCAUUUACAAAUGAUUCUGCCAGGAACCUUCUUGGACCUUCCCUUCCUCCGGGAACUGCACCUUGACAACAACCAGCUGAGUUACAUCUCGCCAGGAACCAUUGCAGAGUUCAAAGGAGGGCUGCUCGACUUGAAGGAGAAUUCACUUACAGUCCUCGAUGAAGAGGUCUUCCGGCCGUUUGUGCAGGAGGAACCACGGUCGCCUUGA